AUGAGACUCCUCGAUGGUGUGGUGACAUGGAUUCCCCUCCUGGCCACGCUUCCGGGGGUCUCUGCCCUCCGAUAUGACCCUGAGCAAGUCAAGUUCAACCUCAAUCAGAAUCAAACAGCAACGGACCCGCUGGAUUAUUGGGGAGAGUGGGAGAAUCACACCUAUCAUCCGUCUCCCGACAACUGGCGUUUCCCCUUCUAUACCAUAUUCCUCGACAGAUUUGUCAAUGGAGAUCCAUCGAAUGAUGAUGCGAACGGGACGCAAUGGGAACAUGAUAUUCUGUCCAACCAACUCCGACAUGGGGGCGAUGUGCGGGGUCUGAUGGAUAGCUUCGAUUACCUACAAGGAAUGGGAAUUAAGGUUGGGCGACCUGAUUGGGUUGAAGGCUUCUUGAAUACUUCUGCACCUCUCAAUCCCUAUGAGUACAACUAUGUGUGGAAGACCUCGCGCCGCUACCACGACUUUCAGCCUGGGAAUGAAUGGCUCGACGAAUGUGCAUACCCUCGGUUCUGGGACGACCUUGGACGCGGUCUGACGAACACCACACUUGUCAAAGGGUGUCGCAAUAGUGAAUUUGACCAGGUGAAUAAUCCUUCUUCCAAGAUCCAUUUGGCGCUUAUCCUACUGACCUUCGUAGUAUGGCGAGGUUGCCUCCUUCGGCAAUUACACCGAAUGGGAGCGUCAGAUCACCAAAUUCGCAUUCGUGCAGGAUCGUCUCAGGGAGUGGCGGCCAGAUCUAUGCUAGACAUUGAUGGCUUCCGUAUCGAUAAGGCCUUGCAAGUCACCCUAGAUGCACAGGGAGAAUGGUCUGACUACAUUCGCAAAUGUGCCCGGCGCUUCGGAAAGAAUAAUUUCUACAUUCCCGGUGAGAUCGUGUCUGGAAACUCCUUCGGUGCCCUGUACAUUGGCCGUGGUCAGCAGACGAAUCAGACCAUUACAAACAUAACAGAAGCUGUGACCAUGACAAACGUUUCGGUUCCCAAUCAAUACUUAAGGCCACCCGAAAAAGUGGCUUUGGAUGCGGCUGCAUUCCACUACAGCGUAUACAGAGCUCUAACAAGAUUCUUGGGAAUGGACGGAACCUUCGAAGCGGAAGGGGAUCCUCCCACAAAUUUCAUCCAACUAUGGAAUGGUCUUAUACAGACCAAUGACAUGGUCAAUACUAAUACUGGCAAAUUUGAUCCAAGACACCUGUACGGCACUUCCAAUCAAGAUGUCUUCCGCUGGCCAUCGAUAAGGAAUGGAACACACAAGCAAGUGCUUGCGCUUUAUGUUGUAACCUUACUGAUGCCUGGUGUCCCGAUCCUCACCUGGGGCGAGGAACAAGAAUUCUACGUGCUAGAAAACACAAAUGCCAAUUACGUGUACGGUCGCUCUCCCAUGUCUUCUGCCCUGGCAUGGCAGUUGCAUGGCUGCUACAAAGUAGGCUCGGUGAAAUAUAAUAACUUCCCUGUUGAUAGAGCAUUAUACGGCUGCAGUGAUGACAGUAUCAGCCUGGAUCAUCGUGAUCCGACCCACCCAAUCCGCGGCCUGGUUAAGACCAUGUUUGAGAUACGACAGAAUUAUCCGGUGCUGAAUGAUGGUUACUAUUUGCAGCAACUCUCCAACAAGACAUAUGAUAUCUACCUCCCAGGGAGCAAUGGCACUCCGACAGAAACUGGGAUGUGGAGUGUCUACCGAUCCCGUUUUAAUGGCGUCCAAGACUUCACAGGUAUUGGGCAAGGGAACCAGAGUAUCUGGCUGGUCUAUCAAAACGACAACCGUACGAUCAAUUACCAGUUUAACUGUUUUGACCAGCAUGAGGCACUUGUCUCCCCAUUUGACGAGGGAACUACUGUGAAAAAUCUCCUUCCUCCAUUCGAGGAGUACACCUUGCAGACGAGUUCGCACAAGUUAGGGCUCGAAGGAUCCACGAAACCGAAUGGCUGCCUUCCCAACAUGACUAUUCCUCCAUGGGGAUUCAAGGCAUUUGUUCCAAAGGACAAAUUUGUUGCUCCGUCGCCGUUCAUUACAAAGUUCACCCCCGGCCAUGAUGCGCGCAUACUCUCGACAGUCACAUCAGGGGAACGAGUUCCAAUCAGUUUUCAAUUCUCUGAGGAGAUGGAUUGCGAUAGCAUAACAAAUGCGCUCUCAGUAUCUUCCACUGCGCUAUAUAACCAGACGGCUCAGUUUGACAAAAGCACUGUCUCAUGUGGCGCGAUUCCAGAGACACCAGUGGCCAAUUGGUCGGGAGCGUUCCCCAGUGUGUACAACUACUCCAUCGAGCUGACAAACGUGUUUCAUGGCGUCCAUGAAGUGAUUGUCAAAAAUGUGACUAACAAAGCCGGAAAUCGUGCAACAAAUUCUGUCGAUCAUUUCAUGUUUCGCAUAGGCUCGAUGGACAACCCAAUGGUGUGGCCGAAGCAGGCCAACUACAGCAGAACCCUUCUCUAUAAGGAUAAUUCAAAUAAUGGAACUCUCUGGGUUUCCCAUAAAGCUCCAGGGGCGGAAAUGUGGCGUUACACUCUUGAUUUCGGUUCUUCCUGGAGUGAUUGGAUGCCAUAUACAGGGGGGAAUGUAUCUAUUCCCCCUAAGAAUUGGACUGGAACAAAGGCACAAGCAUGGGAGGGUGAACAUAUUAUGGUCCAAUACUGGAAUAGGGUUACAGGAAGCAGCAAUCACUACCAGCAUGGUGAUCUUGCUUGGGAUGACCAUCCCCCACGUCGAUUCCCUCAUUUCUGGGUCCAAGGUGACUUUAACCAGUUUUUGUUUGAUUCUGGUUACCCAAGUCAAAUGAGCCUGAGCAAUCUCAGUGGGCAGUGGGAAUACCACUUCAUGACAGAGUGGCCCUCUCAGAUUGCACUCAACGCCUGGGGGAUGAAUCCUGACGGCCAACCCGAUAAGACCCAAGUGUUUGGCGAUAUCGAUGGAGACAACAUCCUGGAUCGUAUCCCUCCAAUAACUUUGCUCACCAACUUCAUCAACGUCACACAUCCGCCUCCAUGGCCAUUUUUGUCUUGGCGGAUAUCUAUGGAUGACGGAGACCUGCGAUACUAUAUGACUCCUGAAGGGUCGCAGAGAGUUCAGAUGGCACUUUUCGUUCUCCUCGCUGUGAUCCCACUAAUGACCGCCAUCGCAGCUGUUUGGAUCUAUCUUAAAGCUUUCUACCAGGUCAAGUUCAACAAGGUCGGCGUCUCAGAACGGAAAUCCUUACUGCGUCUUCCAUUCUUGAAAAGAUUCCCUUGGGUGAAUAAGUCGCAUCGUGGCUAUGAUGCUGAAUCAGUCUCCGGUGGAAUUUUAAGCAAGCUCUGGAACCGGCGGCCGGAGGAUUCUGCUGCCAGACAGGCGCUUAAUGCCGAUGCUGGCGAUUCGCGGAGGACCGUUCUUAUUGCGACCAUGGAAUAUGAUAUUGAAGAUUGGGGAAUCAAAAUCAAAAUUGGUGGUCUAGGCGUGAUGGCACAAUUAAUGGGGAAGAAUCUAGGCCACCAAAAUCUGAUUUGGGUCGUUCCUUGCGUUGGGGAUGUCGAAUACCCUAUUGAUCAGAGAGCAGAGCCAAUGCAUGUCACCAUUCUUGGGCAGACUUUCCAAGUUGAGGUGCAGUAUCAUGUCCUGCGCAACAUUACUUAUGUUCUCCUCGAUGCCCCUGUCUUUAGGGCGCAAACGAAGUCUGAGCCAUAUCCUGCUCGGAUGGAUGACCUCGAUUCCGCUAUUUAUUAUUCCGCCUGGAAUUCUUGCAUUGCGGAAGCAUUGAGGAGAUUCCCUGUUGAUCUCUAUCACAUUAAUGACUACCAUGGAGCAAUAGCACCUCUCCACCUGCUUCCAAAGACAAUACCAUGUUGCUUGUCUCUCCACAAUGCUGAGUUCCAGGGCCUUUGGCCUAUGAGAACACCAAGAGAAUUCCAGGAGGUUUGUGAUGUCUUUAACCUAGACCCAGCUAUUGUGAAAAAGUAUGUUCAGUUUGGCGACGUUUUCAACCUUCUUCACGCUGCAGCCAGCUAUCUGCACAUUCAUCAAAACGGCUUCGGGGCUGUGGGUGUAUCAAAGAAAUAUGGGAAAAGGUCAUUUGCAAGAUACCCCAUAUUCUGGGGUUUGAAAGAGAUAGGAUCCCUGCCCAACCCGGAUCCAGCUGACACAGGGGACUGGAAGAGGGGAGAGCCAAUUGAAGAAGCUCAGGUUGAUCCAGAAUUCGAAGCGCGCAGGGCAGAUCUGAAACGGCAGGCUCAAGAAUGGGCUGGAUUGGAGCAAAAUCCAAACGCUGAGCUCUUCGUCUUCGUCGGCCGUUGGUCAAUGCAGAAAGGAAUCGAUCUCAUCGCUGAUGUCUUCCCAUCUAUCUUGGAGAACUACCCAAACACGCAACUAAUUUGCGUGGGCCCAGUGAUUGAUCUGUAUGGGAAAUUCGCGGCCAUCAAGCUCAAUAGGCUGAUGGAAUUGUUUCCUGGCCGCGUGUUCUCAAAGCCCGAGUUCACCGCACUGCCGCCAUUUAUCUUCAGCGGUGCGGAAUUUGCAUUGAUUCCAUCACGCGAUGAGCCAUUUGGUCUUGUAGCAGUAGAGUUUGGCCGCAAAGGUGCUCUUGGGGUUGGAUCUCGUGUGGGCGGUUUGGGACAGAUGCCUGGCUGGUGGUAUAGCAUUGAAUCUAUGACCUCAAAGCACCUGAUUCAUCAAUUUAAACUCGCAAUUCACGAGGCUCUUAGCUCUAAACCUUCUGUGCGGGCCAUCAUGCGUGCUCGCUCUGGCAAGCAGCGCUUCCCUGUUGCACAGUGGGUGGAGGAUCUUGAGACUCUACAGUCUACGGCGAUAGAGAAGCACAAGAAGUAUGCUCGACGUGGCGACUUGAUCGCUAGGACUCCGGUGUUUCCAAGUCAUCGUUCAAGUUCAAGCCAGCAAACGAGCCAAGGGACCGAGACAUCGUCCCAAGAUGAUACCACCCACGGCGACAUUUCACGCCAUUUUGGAAGUCGCAAGGGGCCUGGCCAUACAAGGAAUCGCCAAAGCAGGGGGACCAGCUCGCAAUCGACUGCAGCAGGAGCCGAGGAGUCAUCUGACGAUGAGAACGUUCUCUCGGGUUAUGGAGACCAGCCGCUUAGUCCUCCUCGUCGAAGGGGCCCUGAGAGCACAACAUAUCCUAAUAUGUACGACACUGGAGAAGGCCCAGACGUACCACCUGGUCUGUUGAGGGAUGGAAUGUUACCAUCUCCGUCUCCGUACGCCACCUCUGGCGUGAACACCCCGAAUCCGCCAUCUUCUGGGAUGACCACACCCACCUGCGCCAAUUUUGAAGAUCCCUUACUAAACCCACCUUUGUCUACCCGUCAUCGGGAUUCGAGCAAUCUGAGUCUCUUGAGCGUUGAGAGCAUCGUGAAAGAGAAACAGGACUAUAACCUGCAAAAAGUCAAUCCCUUUUUCACGGAUUCAACCAAUGAAUACGCCAGGAACUUUGAGAGGAAGUUGGCGAAUCUCAACGGCAAGAACUCGGAGGACUCGCUAUGCAUUGAAGAAUACCUAUCCAAGAGCGAAAAGGACUGGUUCAAUAAAUAUCGAGAAGUCAAGCUGGGUCGAUCACCUAUGGGCAGUACUCCAGCGUCGUCAAUCUUUAGGGUCAAAAUGCUUUCCAGCAGUCGGGCCGCUUCGCCAUCUCGCGGUGGGACACCGGUUGACGAGAAGCCUUCUGACGAAUUCCUCCUCCCGAAGGACUAUGUUCCCCCGUCAGGUUUGAGGCGCUUUUUGCUCUACAGAAUUGGCGACUGGCCAUUGUACUCGAUCAUACUCGCCUUUGGCCAAAUAAUUGCCGCCAAUUCCUAUCAAAUUACCCUACUGAACGGAGAGAUCGGUGAGCCUGCGGAGAGGUUGUACAUUGUAGCCACCAUCUACCUCGUUUCUUCGAUCGUCUGGUGGCUAGUUUUCCGUGCUUUCCGAUCCGUAUAUGUCUUAUCCAUUCCGUUCCUGUUCUAUGGGUCCGCGUUUCUUUUUGUCGGCUUUUCUUCCUUGGUCAAACCCGGUAUUGGGAGGGCUUGGAUGCAGAAUGUUGCCACAGGCUGUUAUGCAUUUGCAUCCUCGAGUGGUUCUAUCUUCUUUGCCCUCAACUUUGGAGACGAAGGAAGCGCAUCUGUCACUUCCUGGGUCUACCGGGCGUGUGUCGUCCAGGGGUCCCAACAGAUAUACGUGACUUUCUUAUGGUACUGGGGAAGCGCGAUGGCAGCUGCCACGCAGGCCGGCUCCACGAGGACCAGUCUGGCGGAUUCCAAUCCUGGCUUGCUUAUCGGCGUCGGACUGGGUAUUGCAGUACUGCUAUGGGGCAUUGCAGCUAUCGUCUUCUUUGGUCUCCCUGAUUACUAUCGACAGGCCCCCGGUAAAAUACCAGCGUUCUACCUGACCUUGUUCCGCCGGAAGGUCAUUCUGUGGUUCUUCUACUCCGUGUUCAUUCAGAACUACUGGCUCUCUGCGCCGUAUGGCCGCAACUGGCUCUAUCUGUGGUCCAGCAAGCACGCCCAACGAUGGCAGAUCGCCAUACUGGUUAUUAUUUUCUUCAUCGUGGUUUGGGCCAUUGGUCUGUGGGUCUUUGGAGUCUUUUCCAAACGGCACGCAUGGUUCGUUCCAAUCUUUUCCAUUGGCCUGGGGACUCCCAGAUGGGCCCAGAUGCUCUGGUCGACAUCCAACAUUGGAUCCUAUGUUCCUUGGGCUGGAGGGCCAGUAGCCAGUGCCCUCGUCGGGAGGGGACUUUGGCUGUGGCUCGGGGUCCUAGAUGCCCUGCAGGGAGUAGGCUUUGGCAUGAUCCUCCUCAACACCCUCACCCGUUUCCACAUCGCCUUCACCCUGCUCGCGGCCCAAGUCAUCGGUUCCAUCGGGACGAUCCUGGCGCGCGCCACUGCACCCGAUAAAGUCGGCCCUGGCGACGUCUUCCCCGACUUCUCCGCCGGCGUAGCCCAGGGUCUGUCCAAGGCCGACUUCUGGGUCUGUCUCCUCUUCAUGAUCUCGGUCAAUGUUCUCUGCUUCCUGUUCUUCCGCAAGGAGCAGCUGCAGAAGCCGUGA